AUGCGAACAGACGAUCACAUCCCAAACCAUCUCCAUGAUGGGCCUGACGCAACGGACAACAAGUAUGCUGGUUACGAUGACCAAAAACAUACAGGAGACUACUUUCCUCCUCCCGCUCAUACCGACUACGACACUGAUCAUGGCAUCGUGGAGGAUCAUUAUGGCGGGAAAAAGCUGGGUAUGAUGCGAACGACGUUGAUUUUCUUCACCAAUCAAGUUGGUAUCGGAAUUUUGAGUCUACCUGGAAUGCUGCACACCAUCGGCCUCAUCCCGGGCAUCUUCACGAUUAUUAUCCUGGGUGUCAUCGCCACGUACACAGCGUACAUAUUGAUCCAGUUCUAUCGCCGGUAUCCUUCAGUCAGAGACAUUGUUGAUUGCGCCAAGAUCAUGGGUGGCCUUCCGCUGCAGAUCAUAGUUGGCAUUGCGAACGUGCUCAACCUAUGUCUCAUUUGUGCAUCCGCCAAUGUUACCCUGUCUAUAGGUUUUAACACCAUAUCCGACCAUGCACUCUGCACAGUCGGCUUCAUUGGUCUGCCUAUGGUCGCUUGUUGGCUCCUUUGUAUGCCACGAACCAUGAACUUUGCUGGAUGGUUUGGUAUCCCUGCUACUAUCAGCAUCCUGGCUUCGGUAUUCAUUGUAGUCAUUGCGCUCGCUGUCGAUGGCCCUCACCGCGACACGACAGGCUACUUUGGAGAGCCGGCCAACGAGCCGAUUGCGAUGAGACUCGGUCCGAACCCUCUGGCCUCAAUGAAUAUUCAAUUCGAAUCUGUCCUCAAUGUCGCAUUCGCAUAUGCUGGCAACCAGGCCUUCGUCACAGUCAUGUGCGAGAUGCGCAACCCGAGCAAAGACUUCACCCCAGCGAUUGUAUGGCUCAACGUAAUCGCCAUACCGUUGUAUGUUAUCAUCGCCUGCGUAGUCUAUCAUCUGUCCGGACAGUAUGUUGUAGCUCCAGCAUUAGGCUCAGCACCCGGAGUGGCCUCCAAAGUGGCAUACGGCAUUCUCAUCCCUACCAUGCUUGGGUCCGGUUUAGUUUUCGGACAUACAGGCAUAAAAUACAUGUACAACGUUUUGAUGGACUCUGUCAUCAAGUCGAAGGCCAAGUUGACCGACAACACGUUUUUGACCUGGGGUGUAUGGCUUGGAUGCGGCACUGCGUUCUGGGUGACAGCUUUCAUCUUCGCCAAUGCCAUUCCAGCCUUCAAUUCAAUUUUGGGAAUCUCCUCCGCAUUAUUCGUUACUUGGUUCACCUUCGGUCUCGCCAAUGCUCAGUGGAUCUUCUUGAACUGGGGUCAGCAGUUCUCUACUUGGCGGAAAGCGCUGCUUUCCAUUUUCAAUUGGUUCCUCUUUUUUGCGUCCGCUUUCUUGACCGUUUUCGGCCUUUACACUUCCAUCUCGGAUUUGAAUGGCAGAGUGAAAGAUCCGAACGACCCGUUGGACGUCUUUACUUGCACCGAUAACUCGCUAUUUUAG